AUGCCGGUCCUUCGUAAUGCUGAUCAUCCCGCCUCAAAGACCACGGAUUCCAUUGCUGCUCGCUACUUUGUUGCGGUUUUGGGAGCAUGGGCGGCUGAAGCAGCAACUUAUCCAUUUGAUUUAACCAAAACAAGGCUGCAAAUACAAUCUGAAGUGGCCGCAACGAAACACGGUUAUCAGUUAGAAAAUCAUGGCAUGAUAAAAACAGCAGUUGGGAUAGCAAAGCAAGAGGGAGUGCUGAAGUUAUGGACGGGUCUGAUGCCGAUGUUUCAGCGACACGCGAUAUACUCCGGGAGUAGACUGAUAUUCUAUGAAUACUUCAGAAGCUAUUUCAAGGAUGAAAAGGGAAAAGUAUCGCUUGGGGCAGCGUCUGUGGGCGGGCUGGCGGCUGGGUCCCUGGCGCAACUCAUCGCAUCUCCAACCGAUCUGGUGAAAGUUCAGAUGCAGGCGGAAGGUAGAAGACUGUUGCAAGGGAAGCCGGCACGGUUCUCCAACUGUCGCCAGGUUUACGUGAUGCUGUAUGCUCAAGGGGGUCUGAAGGGGUUUUGGAGAGGUGCCGUACCAAACGUCCAGAGAGCAGCUUUAGUAAAUAUGGGUGAUUUGGCUGCUUAUGACUUCACAAAACAGUACCUCAUUCGAGAGUUCGGACUUGCUGAUACACCGUUGGUGCAUGGCGCAGCUGCAUUCACCGCUGGCUUUGUUGCUGCGGUCAUGGGUACACCGGCUGAUGUGAUUAAGACACGACUUAUGAACCAGCCCGUGGGUCCAGAUGGAAGGGGGACCCUUUACCGCGGCAUGAUCGAUUGUUUGCAGCAGUCGGUCCGGAACGAGGGCAUAUUGUCGCUAUACAAAGGGUUCUUGCCUCUAUGGAUGCGACUGGGGCCUUGGGCGCUUAUCAACUGGAUCGCUUUUGAAAACAUCAUGCUUGCUAUAGGGGGACAUACUUUUUAA